AGACCAUGGAGGACCACCAGAAGGGGAAGCAUGGCAAGGAGGAGAAGGCAAGGGAAGAGGUUCGGUACCGCGGCGUCAGGCGGCGGCCGUGGGGGAAGUAUGCGUCGGAGAUAAGAGAUCCAUCAAAGCAAGGGACAAGGGUGUGGUUGGGGACAUUUGAUACUGCUGAAGAAGCAGCUCGAGCUUAUGAUCGAGCAGCCUUUAACAUGAGGGGUCAUCUUGCAAUUCUCAAUUUCCCUAGUGAGUACUAUUCUCAAAUAAGGGGCUCACCACCAUAUCCACCUCAUUUAGCAUCAUCAUCGUCAUCAUCAUCAUCAUCAUCACCAUCAUCCUAUGGAAGUUCUUCUGGUGCACGACAGAAUCAUCAUGUUAUCGAGAUCGAGUGUUUGGAUGAUAAGGUGUUGGAGGAUCUUCUUGAGUCAGAGGAGCACAAGAAGAAAAAGAACGGAGAUUGA